CCGGACAGCGGGCAUUGGGUCACCAGGCAUCAGGUCAUUUGGCUCGACAGCGGGCACCGCGUCAUCUGGCAAGGCAGUGGGCUCCGAGUCAACAGGCACGACAGUGGGCACCGGGUCAUCAGGUACCGGAUUGUCUGGCUCGACAGCGGGCAUCGGGUCACCAGGUAUGACAGCGGGCACGGGUCACCAGGCAUCAGGUCAUUUGGCUCGACAGCGGGCACCACGUCAUCUGGCAAGGCAGUGGGCUCCGAGUCAACUGGUAUGACCGCGGGCACUGGGUCAGACAUUGGAUCGUCUGACUGGACAGCGGGCAUCGGGUCACCAGGCAUCAGGUCAUUUGGCUCGACAGCGGGCACCGCGUCAUCUGGCAAGGCAGUGGGCUCCGAGUCAACAGGCACGACAGUGGGCACCGGGUCACCAGGCAUUGGAUCGUCUGGCUCGACAGCGGGCAUCGGGUCACCAGGCAUCAGGUCAUUUGGCUCGCCAGCGGGCACCGCGUCAUCUGGCAAGGCAGUGGGCACCGAGUCACCAGGUACGACAGCGGGCUCUGAGUCAAUUGGCCACGAUAGCGGGCACCCGGAUCAGGUACCGGAUCAUCUGGAUCAACAGCGGGCAUCGAGUCAAUUG